AUGGUACGUAGCUCGUUCUCUGGGGAGAUUAAGGUGGAAGGGGGCGGGCCAUGGGGGCCGGCGGAAAGGGCGGGGGGAGGGGCGGAAGGGGAGGCGGAGGGUGGGGGUGUGGGGAGCAGCCGCGGGCGGGGGAUUGCAGAUGCUGCUGCGGCGCUGCGGAGCAUAUGGGCGGAGGAGGACAUGGAGGGGGUUGAAAUCGAGGGGAUCGAGUGGGCAGGCGCAGGGGGGGGCGCAGGGGGGGAAGCGGGCGGAGGGGGAAGUGGAGGCGGGGGGGUAGGAUGGGAAGGGUUGUUGCUAGAGUCCCUGGGCAGAGCGGGAGCAGCAGCAGCAGGAGGAGGAGCAGGAAGGGGAGCAGCAGGGGGCCGGUCAAGAGGCAGAGGCAGUGCACGAGAGGACCUAGGAGGCGGCCUGAUUCUCGAAUCCCUAAGCAGUUUCAGCAGCGCGCGCGCCAAUGUGUGCGUCUACUCGGGCAGGUGGCAGUACGAGGCGACUCUAGGCUCCUCCGGCAUUCAGCAGAUUGGCUGGGCGACAUUGGCGUGCCCGUUCACGGCAGAGGAGGGCGUGGGGGACGCGCCUGACUCGUAUGCUUUUGAUGGGAAGAGGGUGCGGAAGUGGAGUGGGUGGUCCGCGCACCCCCCAUCGAGCCUGCCAUUCCGAACCUGUCCGCUAGGCCCGGAUGACGAGGUUCUCCUGGCGGAGCUCCUGUGUGAGAGGCUCGGGCCGUUGCUGCUGGCAGGGGGGGCACGAAUGGAGGUGCAGAGACAGAUGGGGAGGAGGGCGGGGGAGGGCAAAGGAGGGGGGGGAGUGGCAGAGGGUGUGGGGUGGGUGCGAGGGGGGUAUGCUGUAUGGGCCUCCCUGCUGCCUCUACUCCUCCAACUGGCGCCCAGACAGGGGCUAAACACAGGUGGGGGGAAGCAGGGUGCAAGCAGACACAGUCCACAGCAGCAGCAGCAGCAGCAGCAGCAGCAGCAGCAGCAGCAGCAGCAGCAGCAGCAGCAAAAGCAGCAAGGGUGGAGGAUGGUGGACGGAGUAAUGGACUCGCUUCACCUGUGUCUGGAGGACCAUGAGUGGUCCGGGAUCAUCCCGGCCCUCAUGGACGCCCUAGCCUUCCACUCCCGAACCUCCCUCGUAGGUUCGGCUGCGUUCACAGUGCCGAACCUAGCCGGUGCAGGAGCAGAAGCAGUUUCCGGCUCGGGAAAACCCCCAGAGGUUUGGCAAGAGGGGCGGGAUCCGUACCUGUACCUAUCCCUGGCCUGCCACUUAGCUAAGCGACAGGAGGUGCUAAGCGCAUGGUGGGCAGCAGACGGAUUCUCCUCCAAUCUAGAGGCAUUCUUGACCCGCAGAGUAGCCACAAGGGUGGAUCUGCAGAGGCUGUUUCCCUCGCUGUGGUGGGCUGGCUGUAAGGAGGACGACUGCAGCGAAGCAGGCUUGGAAGAAAGCAAGAAGGCACUUGUGAAGGCAACGUCUAGGGUGGAGCUCUGCCAAGUGUCGCUCUGCCGCUCUCUCCUCUUCUUUGUACCCUCUAAGAGCAUGACCGGGGCUUCGUCGACUUAUUCGCUUGCAACUGGCGGCGUGCUUGCACCGUUUCUGAGGAGCCUGAUCCGCAAGAACCGGGCGGCGAACAGGAAUAUUGUGCCGCCCGGGCUCUCGGAUAGUAGCGUGCUGGUGACGGCGUUUUUUGUCCUCUUGCGGCUGUUGUGGGCGGGGCUGGUGGGCCGUGGAGGCGGGAAACUGCAGAAGACAAAGAGAGCUGGGGUUUUAAGAGGGUCACAUGUCUUAGUAGAAUCAGGGAGUGGAAGAGAGGGAGAAGCAGAGGGAAUGGAGGUUGAUUUUGAAAAAGGAACGUCAGGGAGGGAGGGUAGGCGGGUGGGGAAGGUAGAGAGGGAGGGAUGGGAAGUGGAGGAAGAGGAGGAGGAAGAGGAGGAGGAGGAGGAGGGGGAAGAGGAAGAGGAGGAAGAGAGCGAGGAAGUAUCAAUGCUUCCGUGGCCAAGAACCCCCUCUGGGGCCAUUAGGAGCAGCUGGAGGGAGCGACAAGAGGCAAGCAGUGCCUUGGAUAGCAGCAGCAGCAGCAUAGCAGCUACUACAGCCACUGCCACUGCGGGCACCAGCACAGGUGCCACCAGCACUGCUGCCAUCCCUGCAGGGGGUUACCUGCAGCGCCACGGGCGGUGGAAGUUUCCUGUGCCCUUAUUCCUGCACCCGGAUUUGCAUUACUUUGACUUGCCACGCCUGGGCGGGCUCUUUAGCCACGUGGCCAAGACCUUCCCCCUCUCCGCGCCGCAGGACUUUGCCAGCGUGACAUGGACUGAUGAUGACGUGGAUGAUGAUCAUUGGGCGGCGGGAGAGGAGGGGGAGGAGGAGGCGGGCUUUUGCCUUCUCGUCCUUCCCUUCCAUCCUCCCUUCCCUCCGCUCCCUCCCCUCCCUUCUGCCUCCCGCUUCAACCCUCCCCAGGCGGCGCUGCAGCAGCAGGGCAUGGUGCAGGCGGUGGCACAGCUGGAAGAUGCGGACAGGCAGAUCGCCGCUGCCAUGGGGGGGCGCACGGAGGGAGGUGCGACAGACGGAGAGGCAGGCGCAGUGGCGGCGACAGGGUCAGGGUCGGUGGCGGGGGCGGGGGCGGGGACGGGGGCAGGGGCAGGGGCAGGGGCAGGGGCAGGGGCAGGGGGGGGGGGGGCGGGGGCGGGGGCGGCGGCAGGAGUAAGGAGAGUGGCAGGGGAAGAAGAGGGGGCUGUCGUGGGUGCUGCAGGCACUGGUGCAGCAGUAGGGGCGGAGGCACCCGCAGUGACAGCAACAGUGGGACUUGUUGGAGCACCGGGGGGAGGUACAGCUGCGGCUGCAGCCAGGGGAGGUACAUCCGGGGGAGGUACAUCCAGAGUGGGCGUGGGAGGGUCAGUGCGGGCGCAGCAGCUGAGGGAGGCGAGACAGGUGUUCCGAGAGGACGUGGAUGAGAGUGUGAGGCUUGCAGUGUGGUGGAGAGCGGUGUUGGGCGGUGCUGCGUGGAAGCAGAGGGCGCUGGUGGGGGUGAGCAGGAGGGUGGGCUCGCUGCUGCUGGCUGCCAGCAAGCGGGGCCACAUCUUUGCCUACGUGCCCGAGGUCUAUUUGGAAGCAAUGAUCGAGGCCUUCCAUGCCUUCAGGCGCUGCGACCCGCCACUCUUCCGACUCCGCCACUCCGUGCAUCACCUCGCUCCCUUCAUAUCUUUCCUGCUCACGCGGUUCAGCGAUGCAAGGAUCGCCAAUCCAGACACCAGAGACCAGCUGCUGCAGACGCUCUCCGUGCUGCUACAGCUGCCGCCCUUCUCCGUCGCACUAGAGACAAACAAGGCCGCCCGCACAUGCUUCAUGCCCAGCCUUCUCAACGCAUUUGACCAGCGCUUCUGGAUACCCGUCUCUCAGGUAUUUCCUCAGGUGUCUCUGCCUCUCAGGUGUCUCUGCCUCUCAGGAGGGUUCUGUCUCCCAGGGGGCCGGGAAAAAGGGGAGAAGGCUCUAGAAGGGGGUGAAGCAGGAGGAGCAGCAGCAGCUGCGGGAGGAGGAGGAGAGGGAGGAGAAGGAGGAGGUGAAGGAGAGAUGCAAGGAGUUUCAGGAGGAGAAGAGGGGAGCAGGGCCAGGGUGGAGCUAGUCACUCAGGGCGAGGGAGAGGGAGGAAGAGAGUCCAUUGAAGCUGAAGGAGAAGCAAUGACAGCACUUGCACCUGCCACCACUCCUGCUUCCUCCACAUCCCCUGCGCCGUCUGCAUCCUCUGCUCCCUCUGCAUCUGACUGCUCUCUCGAUCCUGAGAUGAACCGCAUGCGGCUGUUUGAGCUGCUGCUCUUCAUCCUCAACCACACGUGCUCCGGUGCUGAUGCACGCGCUCUUGACGGAUUCCACGAAAACAGCUUAGAUUGUGAGACCGCUCCUCCCUCUCCAUGGUGCUCGCUCUCUUCAUGUGCAUCAUUUCCCUGCCUUCCUCCCUCCCUUCCUCCCUCCCUUCCUCCCUCCCUUCCUCCCUCCCUUCCUCCCUCCCUCCCUUCCUCCCUCCCUCCCUUCCUCCCUCCCUCCCUCCCUCCCUCCCUCCCUCCCUCCCUCCCUCCCUCCCUCCCUCCCUCCCUCCCUCCCUCCCUCCCUCCCUCCCUCCCUCCCUCCCUCCCUCCCUCCCUCCCUCCCUCCCUCCCUCCCUCCUUACCUCCCUCCACUUCCCUCUGCCUCCCUCUCUCACUCCUCAACUGCAGUGUCCUGCAGGACCACGUGUCCCCAUCCGACCAAUCAUCGCGCCCCAUGGUGCUCGCCCCCCUCGUGGGCAUCAUAGGCGGCCUGUUCUCGCAUGCUCAGCGGGCCAAUGGGACCGCGCCAGCUGGCAUGGUGCGGUCGGUGCUACAGGCAGACCCUUCCCUUGACUGUCUGGCCGGGCUGGAGUUCCUGCUGGGGUUCGACUGGGUGAGUGGGGAGGGGAAUGUGGGGCGGAAUGGGAAAGCUAGUGGGAGGGUGAGGGAAGAGAGUGAGUUCAGCAGCCCACCAUCAGCGUGCCUGGCGGAUCUGCGCCUCUUUGUGGAGCAGCUCAGGCGGGAGCAGGCUGCUCGCAAGGCGGCAGCAGAGGCCGCUGCUGCUGCCGCCGCUGCAGGUCGCGGGAAGAAGGGCAAAGAGCACAUGCAAGAGCAAGGCACCACCGCAGAGGGGAUGGAUGGUGCUGCUGCUGGUGCUGGUACAUGGGAGGGGGAAGGUGAGGAGGAGGAGGAGGAGGAGGAGGAGGAAGAGGGGGAGAUGUGCAGCAUAUGCUACGCGGCUCCCAGUGACACCCAGUUCAUCCCCUGUGGUCACUCCUCCUGUGAGCGCUGUGUGGCACGGCACCGCCUCAACAGCCCCCGCUGCUUCUUCUGCAAUGCUGUGAUCGAGCGACUGGCGGCGAAGCACUGA